AUGCCUUUUCUCGACAAAGAAUAUCUCCUCUCACUUGGAAACAUAGAACCCGAGCUCAAGACUUUCCUUGAUACUGCUCGAAUCCCGACUCCGAAUUACGAUGACUUAGAUGCCUUCAAAAAGGUGUCGGCACAACGUAAUAUCGAAAUCAUGAAAGCCUUGGGCACCCCCCCGCCAGAGAUUAGACAAACGGAACUCCAAUACCCGACCAGAGACGGCUGCAACGUAAGGGCGAAGCUCUACCAGCCCUCGGUCAUACCGGCGAACCAUCAAAGUCCACUCAUUGUCAUGUUUCAUGGCGGAGGCUUCUGCGUCGGUUCUCCAGAAAGCGAGGAACAAAGCUGCCGGAACUUCGUCCAGGCCUUUGGCGCCGUAUGUGUCUCCGCGGGGUACAGGCUGGCUCCUGAGUUUCCAUUUCCCUACGCCAUCCAUGACGCAUGGGAUGCGCUGAGGUGGGCAGCGAAAAAAGCGUCCUCUUGGGGCGCAGACCCAUCUGCUGGUUUCGUGGUCGGAGGCACAUCAGCAGGCGGUAAUAUCUCGGCCAUCCUAGCACACCUGGCUCGGGACGAAGGUCUCUCGCCUCCUCUGACAGGUCAAUAUCUAGCAAUCCCUGCCGUUCUACCACCGUCAGUCGUCCCAGAGAAAUAUUAA